GCGCAGGAGCUCUUCACGCGUGUCGCCCUCCUCCAUGGAUCCACUGUGCUCGGCGCAGGAGCAACGAGGGGCGCGCACAAUGGCAGUCGGCGGUCUCCAGGGAGCGAAGAAGCGCAAGCGCGAGCACGCGGAAGGGAAGGCAAAGCCUCGGAAGCAAGUCAAGGGAGGCGGGGACGGAGCGAAGCGGAAGAGCCACUCGGCCGCCGGCGGCUACACGGCCCAUGGCGGCGCCGGCGAAAUUGUGGCGAGGAAGAAGACCCUGGUUACCCCCAAGGAGAAACGCCUCGCGGCCAAGGAAAUGUCGGAGGCCAGGAAGAUGAAGAGGAGGCAGCAUUACAGCCUUGAGAAGGAACUAACGAAAUUGUGGGAAAAGAUGAGAUGUCGCAAUGUGAGCAAAGAGGAGAGGUCCAAGGCAGUAAGUCAGGCUAUCCAUAAAAUGGAUGGGAAAUAUUUGGACAUUGCCACAUCACAUGUUACUACACGUGUUCUUCAAGUAAGCUUAGCACACACAGUAUUUGUCGUCCUACACGGCCUUGCCCUCGCCCUUUUCUUGCUUUGUCGUCCUCUCCUCUUCCUCUUGCGGGCGCCAUGAUCCGUUUAGCGAAUUAUGCAUAGCAUGCGCCCUUCGGGUGUUGAUCUACCGAACCCCGUCCGUGCACGUCGCCGCGUUUGUGCUGGCCAGAGUGGAUCUAAUGUUGAGGCCUUGGGAAGACGAAGGAGCGUGUAGUUGGCAAGAUACAUGAGGCCUUAAUUAUAUAGACACACACUUCUUUUUGAUGCAGUCUGCCAUGGGUCAUGAUCUUGUCUUGUAUAUGCUCCAAAAUGGUAGACACG